CUACUCUAGCAAAAACACCAAACCGCUUUUCCCUUUCUUUCUCCGUCCGCCAAAAUUUCCCAACCCGUUCUUUUCCCUUCUAGAAAACAGAAGGCGUAGGAAGUAAGGAAGUCUCACACCUACCUUGUUGAUUCAUCCCUCGGAGAAGAUAAGCCCCAGAAUCUGCUCCGACAUGGCUGAACCAGCGGAGAAGACGACCGCGGCCCCGCCGGCGGACGGCGUCUCGGAGGAGGCGCCACCGGCGACGGCGACGGCGAGGGGGUUUAGGUUUCUUGGGGAGGACAAGUCCGUGCACAAGGCUCUCGGUGGUGGUAAAACUGCUGAUGUACUUAUGUGGAAGGACAAGAAGAUGUCUGCCGCAGUGAUAGGUGGUGCAACUGUCAUAUGGGUUCUGUUCGAAGUUGUUGAGUACAAUUUCCUGCCUUUGGUAUCUCAUGUACUGAUUGGCACCCUAGCCAUUGUGUUCUUGUGGUCCAAGGCCACCAUAUUUAUCAAGAAGAGUCCGCCUGAUAUUCCUGAAGUACAGAUAUCUGAAGACCUUGCUGUGAAUAUUGUGCAAGCAUUGCGUACUGACAUCAACCAAGCACUUGGCUUGCUUCGGGAGAUUGCUCUGGGGCAUGACCUGAUGAAGUUUCUAGGCUGUCCAAUGUUUCAGUUGAUGGUUGCUCUCUGGGUUCUUUCUGAAAUUGGAAGCCUCUGUGAUUUCCUGACCUUAGUAUACGUUGCUGCCUUGAUGCUCCACACGGUGCCGAUCUUGUACCACAAGUACCAGGACAAGGUGGACGAUUUCGCUGGGAAGGCGCACGUCGAGCUCCGCAAGCUGUACGAGGCCUUCAACGCCAAGGUUCUGAGCAAGAUACCCAGAGGUCCAGCAAGAGAUAAGAAGCAUGAGUAGAAGAGAAGUGCAUAAUCACCCUUGGAUUUGACUUGGUUCUGGUUGGUACGUACCUGUCCUGUCUGUAGAUUGUGUGAUAAAGUCUCUGCAAAUGGUCCAUGUAGUGUGGUUAGUGACUUGCUGUGGGUGAAGCCGUGGAAUCUUUUGUUUGCUGACGACAUAUGGUUCUACCACCUAUCUAAAUGUGGUUGUGAAAGGGUCGUGACUCUACAUAUUUUGGUCGAAGGAAUUUUCAGUUGAGACGCUCUUUUUGUUUUUUCCGA